CCCUUUUCAUUCUCGGUGCGCUUAAACUUGCCCUUUGCUACCAAGUAGUGCGCAUUGUCUUCUCCUUUUUCUUUUCUUUUUACCCUCUCUCUCUUUAGCGGCUUGUUUUUCUAGUAGUGGAAAAACCCAUCUCAUCAUCUUCCUCACGGCAUUUUCUUUUAGGUUAUAUAAAUAUACUACUUCAAGUUGAUGAAUAGUCCAUUAGUUUUCUUCUUCUUCUUCUCUUUCUUCAGGGCUAUACCUCAGUUUUCCUCCUAACAUGGUCUUCUCUUCUUUCUUUUCCUACCCUCCAACCUUCCUCAAGAAUGAUUGGUUGGCACUGCCUCUAAAACCUCGAUACAAUGUUGGGGUGGAUCGAAGAUUCACUUUUUCUCCAAAGGCUAUUGCCACUGAACUGUCCAGGAAGCCAGUUGGAUCGAGGCGAACUGAUUUACAGAGUGACUGGAGUUUCGUGGGAGGAUCAAGAAUUAUACUUAGACCCAAGGUUGCACCCUUCAUUUACUCUAGAAAGGGCUAUGGAAUACAGGCUUCAUGGUUAACAAAUUCUCAAAUUGCUAGUACUGUAUUUACUUUGGGAACAGCAGCUGUUCUCCCUUUUUAUACUCUGAUGGUUUUAGCCCCUAAAGCCGAACUGACUAGAAAGUGUAUGGAAAGUAGCAUCCCAUAUGUUGUGCUUGGACUUCUGUACGCGUAUCUACUAUACCUCUCCUGGACACCCGAUACAAUACGAAUGAUGUUUGCUAGUAAAUACUUAUUGCCAGAGCUUCAGGGUAUAGCAAAGAUGUUUUCUAGCGAAAUGACAUUAGCUUCUGCAUGGAUUCACUUGUUGGUUGUUGAUCUCUUUGCUGCAAGACAAGUUUUUCAUGACGGAUUAGAAAACCAAAUUGAGACUCGGCAUUCAGUUUCCCUCUGUCUGCUAUUUUGUCCCAUUGGCAUUGUCACCCAUGUUAUCACCAAAGCACUGACAAAAAGUGCAGGAAGAACCAGACAUGGCAUGUAACAAACAGCUAGCAAACUACAGGGAUCAAUUGAAUUCAUAAGAAGAUAUUCUCGAAGGAGUAGAUUCGAAGCAGAAAGGAUGGUUAGAGUUGGAAAUCAUACAAUUCAUGCAUAUAUGAAUAUUUGAUGACAUAAUUACCUGUUUCCUUCACUACCCUACUUGUUCCUGUUCCGGUUCAAAUCAUUG